AUGGCAAGUAAAAAAUCUCCAAGCAAUCUAUCUAAUCGUAAAACAAAAGAAGUUCCUUUAACUAAUCAAUCAUCUACACCAAGAGAUACAACUAUACCUUUAUGGCCUGAAUGGAAUGAUCAAGAUAUUAAUAAUGAAAAAUGGGAUUCAUCACAGAAAACUAAAGAAAAAAGUAAAUCAUCAGCUCAAUCAUCAACUACAUAUUUUAUUGAUCCAGAAUCACAAGUUUUAUAUCCAUCAUCAAUUAUACCAUAUAGUAUUAAAAGACCAAAUGAAUUUAUUACAGAAAAGGCACCUGUUGUAUAUGAUCCAGAAUUUGUAAAUCAUGUUGAUUUACUUUAUCAUAAUGAACAUUUAUUUAAAAAUGAAUUAUUAAGAUGGAUUAUAUGUGAAAUACAAAAUUUAUGGUUAUCAUGUAGAAUACCAAUACCUGAAUCAAAUCCUCCAAUAGAAUUGAAUGAAUCAAAUAUGAUGAUGAUGAAUUUAACUCCUUUAACCAAUUAUAAUUAUGAAUGGAAACCAUGGGAACAUAUUUAUGCAAUGACAAAAAUUACUAAAGAUAAUAAUAAUACACCACAAUAUAAUCCUUAUGGAAAAUAUAUUGUUAAACUGUAUUGGAUGGGUUGUUGGCGUAAAAUAAUCAUUGAUGAUUCAAUACCAUUUGAUGAAAAUAAUAAACCAUUACUUCCACAAAGUAAACAAUCUUAUGAAUUAUGGCCAAUGUUAUUAACUAAAGCUUUAUUGAAAAUAGCCUCUAUUGAUUGUAGAAAUACUUAUACUAAUACAGAAAUAGGUGAUUUCAGUACUAUACAAUGUUUAACUGGAUGGAUUAAACAUACCAUUGUAAUCAAGAAACAUUCAAUCAAUCAAUUAUGGUAUUAUCUUAGUGAUUAUUUAUUAGAUUGGGAAAGAUCAGAUGAUGUAAUCAAACGAAAUGAGAAAUUGAUAAAAAUGGAACAAAUUGAAAUGAUAGAAAAAGUUGAACAUCAUGAUAUAUCAAUUAAUAAAUCAAUAAUAAAUAAAGAAAAAUUCAAAGAAAAAAAAGGGAUAGAAAAAAAUAAAGAAAUAAAUAAAGAGAAAAAAGAUCAAAUUGGACAUAAUACAUCUGAAUUAAUAAAUCCUAAAAUUCCUGAAACAAUACUAUUUGCAUCAUGUAAAAAUACAGUUUCAUCAUUGGCAUCACUUGUUCCAUCAGCAUCAAAGGAGGAGAUUACAAUGAAACUUAAACAAUAUGGAUUCAGUUAUUCAGAUUCAUAUCCAAUUUGUAUAGCUAAACGACGUACGAUACCAAUCAUUCCUCCAUCACCUAUACAACCUACACCUCAAUGGAAGUUGAUCAGACCAAGACCACCUGAUUUUCCAUUUGAUUCAUCUAACAAUAAUGAUUUACAAAAUAAUAAAGAGAAAGAACCUAUACGUUCAUUACUUCUAUGGACACCUGUACAAGAGCAUAUAUUUUAUGAACCGGAGAAACUUAUAACAAGUCCUCCAACUUCUACUGUUGAAUCAGUUUAUAUGUCAAGUUCUUCACCUGAUACAGGGAAACAAACUAGUGGAACAUUAAAAACUAGAUCUAAUUCUCAAGCAUCACCAACACGUCGUCGACGUGAAUCCACUUCAAAUAAUCCAAGUCCGAUUAGAACUCAAAAAAGAGGUUCACGUGAAGACAUACCAAAGAAAGGACAGUGA